UUAAAUUUUUAUUGGUUGCUACGACAGUUAAAAAUGUAUUCUCAUUCGAUUUUCGUACAUAAACCAAAAUGAGAUGCUAUAAAAAGAAGUUAUUAUAUUAUCAUUAUUAUAUACAGUUUUGAUAUUUUAAUUUUAUAAAAUAUAUCAAAAUAGCAGAGUUUUUAAUACUACAUCAAUAUCCUGAUUGUUUGUAAAACCUUUACAAGGUCUACAAUUGAAAUAUUCGAGGACCCGCAUGUAGUUAACGUUUUACAUUAAAGAAAUAUGGAACAACAAAUAUUAGAAGACCGUCUGAAAGAAGCAGUCUGUAUUGGGGAUACGGAUGUAGUUCAGGAACUUAUCAAUUUAGGCGUCAAUGUUAACACGCAACGCAUUGGUUCCGGAUGGACACCAUUACAUUGGGCUUGCAAAAAAGGCUUUUUGGAUGUCGUUUCUUUACUUUUGAAGCAUGGUGCGGAUAAAAAGAUAAAGUCAGAAAAUGGGGAAUCAGUAAAAUCGUUAUGCUCCAAUGAAGAAAUUUUACAAUUAUUAAAUUCUGAUAUUCAAUGUAAUACAAAUGGACCAAUGAUACAUCAAUUUAUGCCUAAAUAUAAAAAGAAUGUAAUUACCAAUGUAGAUCCUAUGCAGCAUUUAGGAGUGAAUCAUACUCGAUAUGAAUUGAAAAAUAAUAACCAUUUGCAAGAUGAAUUAGUAAUAAAAGUACGUAUUGCAAAUGCACCUGAUCCUGACUUUGUGGAGGUCGAAUUACCUAUGAAUGAUUUAACAUACCAGACAUUAAUACAGAUAUGUUGUGAAGAAUUUGGAUUAUGUCCAUAUCAAAUUUUGAAGUUACGAAAAUUACCAAAUACUAAACUGAGAAAAGAUAAAGACAUAAAACGACUUCAACACUUUCAAGAAAUUGAAAUAAUAACAGAUCCAGCAAAUGUAUAUAAACAUGUACAAUAUUCUAACAGUGUUCCUAAUAACAUUUCAUCUACACCAGCUAAUGGAUAUCAAAGUAUUUCACAUAAAGACCAAACUAUUUUAUAUUAAUAUCAUUUUUAAUUCAUUUAUAUUAGGGUU